AUGGCUGCAACGCGAACUUCGUCCCGCCAGGCCGCCCAGAAGGCCAAGGAAGCGAUUACAAGCACUGCGGAGCCUAGGGGUCAAGGAGCUGCUGGAACCAAGCGCAAGGGAGCUACCGAAAAAGCUCCGGAGCCAAAGAAGGGAAAGAAGGGCGGCCAGGAACCGAAGAAGGAACCGGAGGAGAGCAAAGAAGAAGUAGACCAGAAAGCGAAGGAAGAGGAGCCUCCUAAGCCAUCGCAUGACGAUAACAAAAUAAAGGAAGAGGGGAAGGCGACGGAGGAGGAGAAUGGGGAGAAGGAAGAGGAGAAGGAUGAAGAAGAACCAAGCAAGGCCGGUGCAGAAGCUGAUGAAAAGCCCGCUAAAGAAGACGAGAAGCCAUCCGAUGGUAUUGAAGCCGGAGUCAGGAAAUCGCAAGAGAGAGAAGACAUCGUGCCGUCAAACAUACUCGAAAAAGGCAUCAUUUACUUCUUCUAUCGCCCGCGCGUCAAUGUUGAAGAACCACACAGCAUGAAAGAAAUCGCCCGAAGCUUCAUUGUCUUACGCCCAACACCGAUAGGGGCGACAAUCGAUGAGAAGCAAGGCUCGCUCGAGCCAGGCGCGAGUUGUCGCUUGAUCGUCCUUCCCAAGAAGAAGUUCCCAACAUCAGCUAGAGAACGGGAUAUGGCAUUCGUGGAGAAGGGCGGGCAGUCUAUGAAAGAGUUGAAGGAAAGCUUCAUCUCUGGAGGCAAAUACGAAACCUCAACACGAGGCGAGCGCACUGUUGAAGAAGCCAGGCCAUAUGCUGAAGGAGUAUAUGCCAUCACUUCGACGAAGCGGGCCUCACACCUUGCCUACAUUAUUACCAUCCCCGAUGAACUCGGCUCAGUGCAAGAAGAUUUCGGUCUUUGCGGGCGCGGUAGCUGGAUCGUGCAGGCCAAGAACCCUAAAUACCCCGGCCCAGCUACUGCGCAGCUUCCCAAGAGCCCUGAGUAUCCUGAGGAAAUCCGCGAGAAAUUCGCUGAUUACCGAUGGGUGCCACUGGAACCUGUAUUCAUCAACUACCCCAACGCGCAAAUCCUCAUGAUCGGUGAAGCCCAAGACGAACUUGGAAAGGCUGCCAUUGCGGAGCCUGAUGGCAAGAAAGAGAACCAAGAACAACCGGGCGAGGAGCUGGAGAAACUCGAGCAUGAGAAUGAAGAGCGAAUUGAAGCUUUGCAGGCUGCUGCAAAGAAUGUCGUGAAUCAAACAACAUGCGGAGGCACGACAUACACAUACAAUGAACUAGCCGGAUACGGUUUCGUGCCCUCAAACGCAACAGACAAAUACGGCGACACGCUAGGAGGCUAUGGAAGUUCUGCCGCAAUUGACCAGUCUUCCUGGCGCAAGACAGGCAAUGGCUCGUAUGCGGGGAUUGUCUAUACUCUUCCAGAUCGUGGAUGGAACACAAACGGAACUCUCAACUUCCAAUCCCGCAUCCACAAACUAGGCAUCUCACUUACCCUCGCCCCCCACGCCUCAGCAUCCAACCCCUCAAAACCAAAUCUCCACCUGAAAUACCUAGACACCAUCCUCCUCACCGGCCCAGACGGUGAACCAACCACCGGCCUCGACGCCGAUAUCACCGGCCACGCCUCCUACCCAGGUUUCCCCCCAUUACCCGUCGCGACAUACGAAGGCGAUGGCUUCGGGGGCGCAGGACCAGGCGGGAAGCGCAUCUCAAUCGACAGCGAAGGUCUAGCAUUAGGUCAUGACGGGACAUUCUGGAUCUCCGAUGAAUACGGGCCGUAUGUGUACAAAUUCGACCGCAAUGGGAAAAUGCUCCUGGCCAUUCAACCACCCGAUGCCUUUCUGCCCCGGCGCAACGGAAGUAUCAGCUUCAACUCUGACUCCGCGCCUAUCUACGCACCGGAGAAAAUCCCCAUCCCAGAGGAUACAGAGACAGGCCGUGAUAAUAACCAGGGUCUUGAGGCUAUCACCAUCUCCCCUGACGGAAAGACAUUAUACACGAUGAUUCAAUCCGCGCUGGACGCGGAGGGCGGUCCGAAAAAACGACAUCGUCAACCGGCGCGGAUUCUCGAGUAUGAUAUUUCUUCUCCGGAUACACCUGUGUACAAACAUGAAUAUGCGGCGUUGCUCCCGAAAUACAGGGACUACACCAAGUCCGCGGACGACAAGAAGGCCUACUGCGUCGCGAGUCAGUCUGAGAUUCAUAUCCUCCCGUCAGGCGAUUUCCUAGUCCUAGCCCGGGACUCAGAUUUUGGCAAUGGGCAGGAAAACACGCGUUCUGUCUACAGGCAUGCGGAUGUCUUUUCCAUUUCGAACGCUACAGAUCUUAAGGGCUCGAAAUACGAUUCCGCGAGCGGAUCCAUCGCAUCUAGCAAAGGUGUCUUGAGCUCCGAUAUCACGCCGGUAGAGUACUGUGAGUUUGUGGACUACAAUGUCAACUCUGAGUUGGCGAGAUUCGGACUGCACAAUGGUGGGAAGACGGGUCCGGGGCUUCUGAACGAGAAGUGGGAGAGUUUGGCACUUGUUCCUGUGGACCCGGAGUCGAGUUCGUCUGGGGGCGAGAAGAAGGAGUAUCUUCUGUUCAGCUUCAGUGAUAAUGAUUUUAUGACUCAGGAUGGGCAUAUGAACUUUGGGAGAUUCGACUAUGCCGAUGAGUCGGGAUACAAUUUGGAUAACCAGGUUCUUGUCUUCAAGAUUUCUUUUUGA